CGAAAGGCAUCUUCCAAGAAAUUAAUCUUCAUAUCAGAUAUGUAAUCAUCUACAAGAACAAUGUUAACGAGUUCAACGAGAAACUUCAGAUGUUGAUAGCAAAAAGAACAAGUGUGCAGAAACAGGUUGACGCUGCGGACAGGAACGGAGAGAAGAUAAAAGCGGACGUCCUACAUUGGAGCAAAACAGUGGACAAGGUAAUCAAUGAAGAGGAAAAGAAGGUGAAGGAUCUUCAAGGCAAAGCAAAAAACAAGUGCUUCUUUGGCUUGUGUCCCAAUAUUAAGUCUCGCUACCAGCUUAGCAGGAAAGCAGAACAAGGUGCUGCCGCUGUUGACGACCUUAUUCGACAAUGUCUAUUUAACAGAGUGGGAUACCGUGAUGUUCCAGAAGCUCUAUUGGACGCAUCUCCCAAAGACUUUGAGACCUUUAAAUCAAGAGAAAAGGUUUUCAACGAUGUCAUGGAGGCAGUGAAAGAUGCUCUUAUCAGCAUGAUAGGGGUGUACGGGUUGGCUGGUGUGGGUAAAACAUCACUAGUCAAUGAAGUUUCCAGACAAGUCCAAGAACUUAAGCUAUUUGAUUCUGUGGUUACCGUAAAUGUGACUCAGACUCCUGACAUUCAAAAAAUUCAAGAUCAAAUUGCAGAAUUAUUGGGUCUCAGACUGGAAGAUAAGAGUACGGUUGUAAGAGCACGUAGAUUGUGCGAAAGGUUGAAGAAAGAGAAGAAGGUUCUUGUUGUUUUUAGAUAUAUUUGGAAAAGACUAGAUCUGGAGGAAGUUGGAAUUCCAUUAAACCAACACAAGGGAUGCAAGAUAUUGUUCACGUCAAAAUCAAAUGUUCUUCUCAAUGAGAUGGAUGCUGAGAAAACUUUUGCAGUUGAUAAUUUAGACGAUGAAGAAGCUUGGCUCUUGUUAAGAAUGGCUGGGGACAAUGUUGAAAGUGCUGAGUUGAGAUCUACAGCAAUUGAGGUAGCCAAAAGAUGUGCGAGAUUGCCGCUGGCCAUUGCAACAGUUGCAAGGGCAUUGAGAAAUAAAAGUUUAUAUGCUUGGAAGGAUGCUUUAAGGCAACUACAGAGGCCUUCCUUAAACAACUUCACUGGGAUAUCUGCAGCCAUAUAUUCAGCUGUAGAGUUGAGUUACAAUCAUUUAGAAAGUGAAGAACUUAAACAGGUUUUCCUGCUUUGCAGUCUAUUGCGUCAUGGUAGCAUCGAAUACUUGUUGAUAUAUGCCACUGGUUUGGGUUUAAUUAAUGGUGUCAACACCGUGGAGGAAGCACGAAAUAGGUUGUUAACAGUGGUGAGUAAUCUCAAAGCCUCUUGUUUGUUACUUGAUAGUAACAUAAAUUACCGAUGCUUUGAUAUGAAUGAUCUUGUUUAUGAUGUCGCCAUGUCAAUCGCUUCUUCAGAGAAUCACGUCUUUGCAUUAAAUGAGGAAGAUGUUCUGAAAGAUUGGCCUGAUGGAGAGACAAUGAGAAAGUUGAACAAGAUUCAUUUGCGAUAUCCUAGUGUAAUUGGAGAGCUACCCUAUGAGUUGAAUUGUCCACAGCUUGUUCUUUUCAUGAUGUCUAGCAAGGAUCUUUUCUUGAAAGUGCCACCUAACUUCUUUAGGGAAACAACAAAUCUUAAGGUCUUAGAUUUGUCUAAAAUGCAUUUUUCUUCUUUACCUUCAUCAAUUUGUUUCCUAACAAGCCUUCGUACAUUGUGCCUACAUCAAUGUAAAUUCGGAGAUAUAACCAUUAUCGGAGAGCUCAAGAAUUUAGAAAUUCUUAGCCUUUGGAAAUCUGAUAUUACAAUUCUACCUAAUGAAAUUAAGCAACUGGCUAAGCUGAAGUUAUUAGAUUUAAGUGAUUGUACAAAACUCAAAAUAAUUCCACCAGGUGUCUUAUCAAGUUUGUCAAGGUUAGAAGAAUUAUAUAUGGGUGGCACUUUUAUUCAAUGGGAAGUAGGGGGACAUGCCAACCAACAAAGCAAUGCUAGUCUUGCUGAAUUGAAUACUUUGUCUUGUUUGACCACUUUAGAAGUCCAUAUUCCUGAUGCCGAGGCCAUGCAAGGGGCUUGCUCUUUAAAGAGUUGCAAAAGUUGGAAAGAUACAAGAGUUUCAUAGGGAAGGAAUGGGAAUGAUUUGGUGAGUUUGAGCAUUCAAGGACUCUGAAACUCAAGUUAAGUACGAGCAUUGAUCAUUUGGGUCAUGAAAUUAAGUUGUUGUUGAAGAAACUUGACGGUCUAUAUUUAGAUGAACUUGAAGGUAUCAAGAUUGCAAUGCAAUAGUUCAUAGAUGAAGAAAGCUUACCGUAUUUGAAAAAUCUCCAUACCCAAAAUGGUUCGAUGAUCCAAUAUAUCAUUAAUGAUGAUGGUGCAGACGAUACAAAUGAAUUUUUUCAAUUACGAUCUUUGAGACUUCAUAAUCUACCGCAGCUCAUUAGCUUUUGUUCUGAAGACAAAAGUGGCUCUACCUCUAGGGCUCAACAUGAUGAGUUGCCUCUUUUCAGUGAAAAGGCGAGUGCUCGUAGCAUUUCAAACAAGAUGAGAAGCUCUCUUUUUCUCCAGUUAGCGUCCACUAUUCUGCAACUCUUGGGUUCUACCAAUUGUUUGAGGGCCCUUCUUUGGUCUUGGUGGCCAGAUGCAUGCUGCACCCGCAUCAUUAAGUUCCUAGGUUCGAGGGCUAACAGAAGAAUUGACUGAAAGCUUGUCCGAAAAGCACAAUAGAAAUCAGAUAAUAGAUGACUUGUAGGAUAGCAAGAGAUGAAGCAACUUCAGCUGGAAGCCUAGUCGCUGAGCAUCUACAAUUUGGAUCCAUAGAGGGACUCCGUAAUGAUGUUGACAAGGUACAUUCUUCUACUCAAAUGAUGUUGCCAUGAGGUAUUUUCAGAUUACUAACUGCCAGUGCUUCCCAUUAAUGGAAGCAGCUGGAUAAAGUACUUAGGUGGUUGGGUUACACUGAAAGUCAAGCAGAUGAUCAAGUUAAAUGGGCUGCAUCAAAUACUAUUACAAUAGAAGAAGCUGAUGUUGGGAGGCAAAUCGAGCUGCUUCCCAAGCUGUAUCAGAGCAUCCGUCAAUCUGCUGUCCUUUGUGAGAGUGGCCUGCACAGUUGUAGAGUGGUUUCCACAAGCAAAAAUUUCUUCAAUUCAUUGCCCAUGAUGUAACUAGCAUCAUAAUUAAAACUGUCUUCUAUACUUCAUGCUCAAAUUGCAUGGAAGUUGGCUAUGAUUAGAACCUUUUAGUUCAACUUGAACUCUUAGAUUGCUCUGUUUUUACAUUUAGCAUGAUCCAAUGAGCAAUACAUGAAGAUUGUACAGUCUGCAAAAUCAUCUUGAUCGGUCCUUGCUCAUCCAGGAAAGGAAAUUCAGACAAAAACCAUUGUUUCUGAUGAUUUCUUAUACCACAGAACUUUGCAAACAGACCAAGGCAGAUUAAACUCCCAAAACAAUGAGAGAAAGAACAGGAAAAAAGAACCAUGUAAAUUCAAUAUAAUUAACUUGACACAUUACUGCUUUGCUCAAAAAGAUACCAUAAACGAGUUCAGAACCCCAAAAUCAGAGAACCCUAACACUAAACCAUCCUAUAUUAUACAACUGUUAAAAUAAAAACCCAAAAA